AUGACGGAGCAACAAAUUUACAAACCUCUCAAGGAAGGGGAAACGCGGCUGCUCGUCUUGGAACCUGGGUUACCCGAGGACUUGAGCGUUUCCGUCCGUCUUGAACACUGCCGGCCGCAGUCUGCACGACCUUACGACGCUUUAUCGUACGUCUGGGGUGACCAGAAGCAGAAGGCCACGAUACUUCUGGAUGGAAAACCAUUUGAAAUCACCGUCAACCUGCAUUGGGCGCUUCUGAGAACGCGGGAUCCUCACCAGACGCGAGUGAUCUGGGCCGACGCGAUCUGCAUCAACCAGCUCGAUCUCCACGAGCGCAGCCAGCAGGUGGCCAUGAUGGGCAUCAUAUUCAGCCACUCGCGCAAGGUCCUGAUAUGCACGGGAAACCCGCCCAAUGCCGGUGAGGACAAGGAUGUCGCGUCGCUCAUUAACGGCUUCGCGUUCCUCUGGGGCCGGCACCCCAAUAUUCCAGCCCUUAGGAAAGACGACCCACUACGGGACGACUCUCGCUGGCGAAGUGUCGCGAACUUUAUGAGUCUUCCGUGGUUUCGCCGGGCCUGGGUCAUCCAAGAAGUCGGCCUCGCUCGCGACCCACGGGUUCUCUAUGGCCGCUGCGAGUUCAGCUACCGCGAGAUGCUCAAGGUCAUGAGGUGGAAAGGAGGGCAGACAUGGGCUCUUCAGUUCGCGAUCCCAUCGCUUCUUGUCCACAGAGCUUGGCAUGACUGGACCCAGCCUGCGCAUCCACUUACCUUUAUCGAUCUUCUCAACCACGGUGCGUUGUUGGAUUGCAUAGAUCCAAGAGACCACGUCUAUGCAUUUCUUGCCCACCCGCUGGCGAGAAAUGAAGACGGGAGCCCGAUGGUGUUCCCAGAUUACACCAGGUCGGUGGAACAAGUGCACUUUGAUAUCUCUUGCAGCCUUCUGCGACGAUUUGGGCUGCGGUUACUAUCAUCAGUCGAACAUACAGAGUCUACUAUAGAGGAAGACGUGCUUUCCUGGGUUGUUCGCUGGAAUGUCUCAGUGGUCUUGAACGAUAUCUCCCGGUAUCCAGGACUUUAUCGUGCAACACCUCCUGAGUGGGCACCUGAUCUGUCCGAAUUUGCAGGAGAAAGGCUCGAGCUUCCCGGCGUGAUACUGGACAGAGUUUCCAAGGCCUACUGCAUCGACGUGAGAGCAAGGCCGGAGGUCUCCUUGAGGUUCGUAGAUGUUUCCAACACCUCGCGAAACCUGAGCUGGUCCAACAUCCUCGGCGAGUUUCCUCAGAGACCCGAUGCCAAAGAUGCGAUUCUAAAGUCACUUUGUGCGCGGGACGAUCUCGACCCUUCCAAGCUGCGUAUCCCAGAGAACAAAGAAAGAUUUGAGCAUCAGGUUAAAGAUGUCGGCAUCAAUCGGUGUCUCUUCGCAACUGAAAAGGGUGGCUUUGGUGUAGGACCGCUGAUCACUCGGCCGGGGGAUGUAUGCGGCCUAAUAUUUGGGGCCGACGUUGCUUUUGUGCUCCGACCGGUCUCUGACGGUUCUGAAUACAAAUUGGUAGGCGAAGCAUUCAUACACGGAGUCAUGAAUGGGGAGAUUCAAGGGAUGCUAGAACGUCAAGAGGUUGUUGAACAGUUAAUCACAAUUCUUUGA